UCGCAGGUUUUCCAGCCUUACGUGCUGCGGACCCGCAGGAACAGCACCACGGUGAUGAGCCGGCACAGCCUGUUGUUGUCAUCGUCUCCUAUUCGUAUUCCUAGCAGCCGACUUCAUCAGAUCAGAAGGGAGGAAGGAGUGGAUUUAAUGAACAGAGAAACAGCGCAUGAAAGGGAAGUGCAAACAGCAAUGCAGAUAAGCCAGUCAUGGGAGGAAAGCUUGAGCCUGAGUGACAAUGACUUGGACAAGUCUGAGAAAUCUUCCUCCCCAAAGAGAAUAGACUUCAUUCCAGUUUCACCUGCACCUUCCCCUACAAGAGGGAUAGGAAAGCAAUGUUUCUCACCAUCAUUGCAAAUGUUUGUGAGCAGCAAUGGAUUACCUCCAAGUCCUAUUCCCAGCCCAACCAGGAGAUUCUCCAACAGGAGGAGUCAAAGUCCAAUCAACUGUAUUAGGCCCAGUGUUCUUGGCCCCAUUAAAAGAAAAGGUGAAAUGGAAACUGAAAGUCAGCCAAAGAGACUUUUUCAAGGAACAACCAACAUGCUUUCUCCAGAUGUUACACAUCUGACAGAUCUCAGUUCAUGCCUGUCUUCAGAUAUCCUGGAUGGGAGCAGCAGCAGUGUUGGCUCUUCCUCUGAUUCCUUGACUAAAGGCAGCAUAACCACAGAGUCUCCAGUGACCUGCUCCAACUCCUGCUCCUCAUUCAUUUUGAUGGAUGAUCUCUCACCCAAGUGACUUAAGUUCUGAG